GAACAAUGUUCAAUCAUUGAAUUCUUUCUGGAAAUUGCGAACAAUCUGCUCACUUAAAGCACCAACAAUCACAGAAUUAACAUGGGAUUCAGCCAAAAUGACUUCAACUGAAAUAGUUUUCAUCCUUAAUUUCUUUUCGAAUCUGAAGACUUUGAAAUGCAAUUCAUGGAAGAUUGAGACAGAUUAUUAUGAUGAACCAAUUGAUACUUUGCAACUGGAGUCACUUAAAUUUUUGAGUAUAAUUAAGUGUAAUGAAGCAACAACAUCAAUGUUCAUCAACUAUUUGCCUGCGAAUAGCUUGACAAAGCUUGAAACUGAUUUCUAUUCUUCAAUCUUAAUAUCAAAUAAUAGUGCAUUAAAUGAUUUAAACUUUACCGUUGACGAAAUAUCUCAUGAUUGGGUGCCAGUUCCUUUAAUUCAUUUAAGUAUGCGCUUACAAAAGUACAGGCAUAAUAAUCAUCCGGUAUUACUGUCAAUUUUGCCGCAACAGCCCAAUUUAAUUAGUUUUGACGUACUAAGCUGUAAUGGAAUCUUUGAUGAGGAUGAUGAGUCAUUCAUCACAAUGUGUAGCUUAAAGCAUUUAAAGGUUUUAAAAAUGAAUAUUGAUGAUAUUAAUCAUGCCGUAUUUAAGGAGAACUUCCGUAAACUCAAUCAAUUAAAGGAACUGCAUAUUGAGUCUGUUGACGGCGAUUAUCAUUCAUUAAUAGACAAUAUUGAGGAAUUAAGCAAUACAAGACUAGAGCAUUUGAAGAUUUUAAACAUUGAUGUUGAACAUAUUGGAAUUCCAUUAAAUAGAAUUGAGCAUAUGGGCAUGAAUUUUCCAUGUUUAACAAAUCUGGCAUAUAAAUGUGAACGUCCUUUACCAAUUGACAUUUAUCUAAGGAACUUUAGAGCAUUAACUGAUCUCGAGAUCAACUAUCAUUACAGUCAAGAAUUCUCAUUAAUGUGUAGCAACUUAGACGGCAUUACUUAUCCAAACAUUAAUACAAUUAAGCUUAAAGGCUUUAAUUUUGGUUCUGACGCUAAUUUUAAUGAACCAGCAUUCUCUAAAUUAGUCAAAGUGGUGCCAAAUAUUUCAGAUAUGGAAAUAGAAGUCAACAUGCCAUUAAAUACGAAAUUUUUAGACAAUAAUCUACAAAAACUGUCAAAACUGAAGAUUUUUAAGGACUUAACACUUAUGCAGCAAAAGGAAAAUUAUGAAAAAUUUGACACAGCUUGUGUUAAUUAUUUAUUAAGCGUUUGUGAGAAGCUUGACUCAUUUACGGUAGAACUAAAGCUUAAUGCCAUUGAUAUGGAUGUUCAUGUUAUGAAAACUAUGUUAAGUGCAAAGUUUAAAUUUAAUAUGAAACGGUUGGGCUCGCAGAUAGUCAUUGAAUUAGGGGUUAAGCAAACGAACAAAAGAACUGCUGAAAAUUAAUUUAAUUUUGUGCUGCAUAUUAUUUUUUCCCGUCCAACAAUACUCUUAAAUUUGUGGAUAUACCCAAAUAAUUAUCAUAAAUGGAAUUUCUGAGUGAUAAAUUGUUAUUUAAAAUAUUUUCCCAUGCAAAACAUGAUUGUAAUCAAGUCAAGCUAGUCUGCAAGCGUUUCUAUUUACUAAUCUGCGAAAUGAAAAACAUCAGAAAGUCUUUGUGCAUCUCCGAGGAAAAAUUAAAGGACAAGGAUGUUUACUACUCAAUCAUCAAUUCCAAAAACAUCAUUAGUGAGAUUUUAAUUUAUUCCAACUAUACACAGUCUAUGGACACAUUUUAUAAACUCCGAACAAUCUGCUCAAUUAACGCAUCUACAAUCACUGAUGUUUCUUGGCAUAAAGUUAAAAUGACUGCAACAGAAAUAAUUGGCAUCCUUAACCUUUUUCCAAAUCUAAAGUUUUUGUGCUGUGACUGCUGGAAAAUCGAGACAGAGUUUUAUGAUGAACCAGCAGAGCCAUUAAAACUUGAGAGAUUAACAUCUUUGAUUAUUUACAAGUGUAAUGAUGCUACAACAGCACUUUUCAAUUAUUAUUUGCCCACUAAUCGCUUAACCAGCCUUACUGUUAAUUUCUAUUGUAAAAGUUAUGUAAACAGUCUUUGUGUAAUGAGUGACUCUGAAGAAGGAGCUGAAAAUGACUCGGAGCUGUUCAAUUAUAAAGAAGAAGGAGUAAUAGACUGUGUGAAACCAACUUUAACACACUUAAGGAUGCAAUUACAAAAGUACAAGAUAAAUCAGGAGACACCUUUAAUGUCUAUUUUACAACUGCAGUCAAAUCUAGUAAGGCUAGAUGUUCUAAGCUGCAGUGGUGUCUUUGAAGAUGAUAAUGAAUCAUUUGUUGCUAUAUGCUACUUAAGGAAUCUGAAGGAAUUAAGCCUCAAUAUUGAUGAUGUGAAACCAGCAGUUUUUAAGGAACAUUUUCACAAGCUCAACAAAUUAGAGGUCUUAAGCAUUGAAGCUUUAGAAGAAUAUUACUCUUCGUCAUUAAAAGACAAUAUUGAGGAACUUAGUAAGACAAGGCUUGAGCAUUUAACAAGCUUAACAAUUCAAGUAAAGCAUACUGAAAUAUCCGUCAACAUGAUUAAACAAAUGGGAUUAAACUAUCCAAAACUAUUGCAGCUUUCACUAGCAUGCGAAGUUUCACAUCUUUUAGAUGUUUACUUAAGAAGUUUUGAAGCAUUAACACGAAUUGUCAUCGAUUAUACUUACAGCCAAGCAUUUUCAGACAUUUGCAAUAAUUUAGAUUGUCUAUGUUUUCCACUCAUUGAGCAUAUAUGCCUUACUGAAUUUUAUUCAGUUCCUACCCAAACUUACCGUCCCAUAAAACCUUCUCAAGCGGAUUUAAAUGAGCCUGCAUUCUUGAAACUCGUCAAAGCACUGCCAAAUAUAACGGAAAUGAAAAUACAAAUCAGUAUUCCAUUAAAUGCAAAGUUUUUGGACAAAUGCUUAAAGAUGCUUCCAAAUCUAAAGAUUUUUGAGGGCUUUAUACUUUUGCAGCAAGAUGAAAAAUUUGACGAGAACUGUGUUAAUUAUUUAAUUCGCAUUUUUGAGAAGUUAAAGUCAUUUUCAGUUGAAUUAAAGCUUAAGUCCAUUGAUAUGGAUGUUUAUAAAAUUAAAACAAAGUUAAUGGAGAAAUUUAGAUUUGAUAUUAAACGUUCUAGAGUUGAAACAAGCAUUAAUUUGAAGAAUAAGAUAAAUAGAAUUAAUUAUGAAUGA